AUGGAGCUCUGCGAUACAUGCCAGGCAUUCGACAUCCAGGCUUUUGACCCCGUAAAGUUUCCAGUAAGGGGAUACAAGCUGCUAUCAGCUAUUAGUGCUGCCGAGUCUGGCUGUCCUUUUUGCUCACUACUAAUCAAAGCGCGCUUCCCUCAGGGUCGGAAGCAGGGUGUGAUCGCAGUUUUGCAAAAUUGGCCAGAAUGGAUCUACUUGCAAGGUUCUGAGCAGUGGGAGUCUUGGCUGGAAAGUCAAUACAACCGAAAAGACAACAACAACACCUCCAGUCUCGAAGAUCCAUUGGGGCUGCUUAGAUUGUGGGCUAUCGGCAGCACCACGUUUCGAAGGAACGACCUUGCUUUGUGUCAGUUCCAAAUUCUCGCGGAUGAAGAUUCACCUGCAGCCAUCAAUGGUGAUGUAGCGGGACGACUACUGGACACAGAAACAGGAUCUGAUGGCCAUAUACAGAUGCUGUCAUCUUGGCUACAACAGUGUCAAGAGAACCAUGAGGAAUGUCGCACAUCAUUCUCAGGCUCCCGUCUUUUGAAUCCAGAAGCGACUGAUCUACCAAAUCGAUGUAUCGAAGUUAGCCUCGACAGUGAUGGGGCAAGGGCACUCACACUCAAAGAAACUGGGGGUUGCCGAGGAAAGUACAUUACGCUCACCCAUCGCUGGAUUCAACCAGAUACCGCCAAUGCCUCAACUUUACAAAGCAACUAUUCUGAAAGGCUUCGUGGAGAAGGGCUAGAGUAUCUUCCAAGUCACUUUGAGGAUGCUUUUUAUCUUGCGUUAAAGAUGGGCAUCCCAUUUGUAUGGAUUGACUCGCUUUGUAUUAUCCAAGACAGUGAACAGGAUUGGAUAGUAGAAGCCGCAAGGAUGGCAACGUACUACCAAAAUUCUUUCUUUACUGUCGCUGGUUUUGGCGUUACCCGAGAGACAGGACUUUUCACAGCUUGUGACCAGGAGUCUCUUCCCAAUCUUGUCCGACUGCCAUAUAGAGACCGGGAAGGCAUUCACAAAGGCUACUUUUACGUACGUCAGGUCAAUCAUUCAGAUAUCAGGGAGCAGUACGACCAGGAAAUUGCACAAUCCGAGUUACUGCGUCGGGGAUGGAUUUUCCAAGAGUGGAUAUUGAGCAGACGGAUGAUCUGCUUCACCAGAACGGCCUGUUUCUUUCAGUGCCAAAGGUUCAACCCGCGCACGACAGCGUCUAACGACUUCAACCUGACUAAUCUGGAUACCAGAGAUGCUAGUAUCUCUCUUAAUGACUUCUUUAGCCAGAAUUUCCUAGAAUUAUCGUGCAGGAGCAUCUUUGACAAGUGGAGAUUUGCUGUUCAUACUUAUUCUUCUCUACGGCUUACAAAGAUUAGUGAGGACAGAUUGACAGCACUUGCCGGUAUCUCCGAGGAGUUUGCUCUUGCUAUCAAUUGCUCAAUAGAUGCUGAGCAAGAUUGGUAUACCAUUUACCUAUCAGGAAUGUGGGCUGGGGACAUUAUAGUAGGCCUACUAUGGGAGACAGAUAGUGGUUGCCCAGGCCAAAGGCUAAGUGGUAUUCCUACAUGGUCUUGGGCAUCAGUUAUACAUCCUGUCGUAUGGCAGCAAGACCAUCGUCGAAUGCCGAAAAGUCGUCGAACCACCAAAACGCUUAGCGAAUUUCUCGGGGCCAAGAAAACCUCAGUUGAUGAACAAUUGUCAGCAUCUGAAAGCGACCUCACAAUAGACGCAUACUUCAGAGGCCGGAUCCUUCCAGCUGACCGGUUUGUUACACCACAGUACAAUACUCUCGUCAUGCAAGGAAAGCUACUGAGUGUCAGGAUAGAUGGCUUAUUCGACUCAGACUCAGACUUGGACAUUGCAGCCAGUUUAUCAGGGUAUGAAAUUGAUUCUGAACAGAAUUUACAAACAGGGUCCAUCACGGUUCCUGGCACAAGAACACGAGAAUACUGGAGAAAAAUAGCCCUUUCUCAGUUUCCUGAAGUUCUUUGUGGAUGGGUAUCAAUCGACGAUCUGGUUGCGAGCUCGGAACCUGUAUUGCUAGAUGUCCUAGCUUUGCCACUUACGGAAACAACUGUGGAUGUCCCAGGGUUCGGUCUUGGCUAUUUCUGGUCUUUUCACCAGGCUUAUAGUAUACUCCUGCUCCGACGGAUAGCUGAGAGUUCAUCUGCCUUUGAAAGAAUUGGGGUUGGGAGGAUUUUUGGGUCAGAGGCAGUAGAUCAGGUAAAGUCAGCAGAUGAAACAAAGCUCUGGCUGGUUUAA